UACUAUUUUAUUUUUUAGCUGUCGGAGAACUUAAAAGAAUCUCAGCUAUGAUAAUUAUCGGUUCUUUUUGCUUGUGCGGGUCGAUUAUUCUGGAUAUUGUUUGCGUAUGGUUGAUAACUGUGAAGAAACAUUUUAGAGCAAGGGAUUGUUGCGUAAUGGUGUCUGCUCUCUGGAAAAUUUUAACCGUCGUGAUUGGAACAUACAGCUUAUGCGAAAUCAAAUUCGUGGUGGGAAAAAUUUUGUAUGAAAGUGGGCAGAGCAUGUGGAAGGAUUGGCUUCAGAUGGGAUUUGGACCGUCCAGUAUUAUGAUGGCGGUCGGUUUAUCAUUCUCUGUCUUGUCUAUUCUAAUACACUUUUUUAUAAUUUUGACGUCAUCGAGUCAACUUGUAUACCGAGAACGUCCAUGUCGUCGUGAACACAGAACACGAAAUCAAAGCCGAACGCGAAGCCUUUUCAAUUUCUUACCCACUUUACCUCCGUAUUCUCCUCCUCCACCUGAGUAUUCUUCAAAACCAGCUACCCCUGCUGCUGUCAACCCAGAAAAUAACUCCGGUGAAGUGCACAUAAUCGAAAAUAAUUCACAUGUAGUAUCAAAUGCAAACACACAGAUUGAGAGUGACACAGCGCCGACAGUUGUAAAUAUCGGCGACGUGACGGUACCAAAUGUCGUUGAAGAAACCAGAAGUGAACCAACUGGUCAAGUGACUCCAAAUGCUGAGCCGACGAACUUUGUAUUCUAGGAAGCAUUUUCUUGAACAGAAUGUACUUUCUGUUUCCAAAAUAUUACACAAAAUCGUUUCCUACCCUGCGCAAGGUCAAGAAACCUUUCGGACGAUGACUGUAGCAUUACCAUGAGUUACCAUUACUUCCCGUAACAAAAUGUACGGAAACCUAUAAUAACGGAAAUAGCACGGGUAUCAUGAUGACUGUGCUAGUUUGUAUCAUUAAGGAGAUAAAAAUACGUGACGCUAAAGAAAUAACAUGCAUAAUGUAACUCUAUUUGUAUUUUAACACACUAAUAAAUAUUUAUUUAUUUUCGUAGAAAAAUUGUUAGCGAAACUUCGCGAUAUCUACGCGAUAAGUCAGCUAUAAUUGUCUGUGCAUAAACUUAUAUUGGAUCGGGAUAAGAAGAUGUAGAGAACUCGC